CUAACAGGAUUUAACGCGUUUUCCUAUGAUAAAGUUGGUUCCUUAUCGGCACCGGUAAGAUUCUGAGGUGGAGUUACCAUCAUGGCUGCCACGGUAGUGAAGCUGGCGGUGAUCCCAGCAGCAAUGGGAUUGGCCUCAUUUCGAGUUUAUGCCAUGAGUCAGUACAAAACAGAGACUGUGCUGCUCUCCCCUAGAGAGUUGUCCAUCUAUGCUCCAGACCCUCCAGCAACGCACUACAUGAAUGAGCAGCCUGGAGCUCUGCAGAACGGGCUGGGUGUGGUCCGGGUGGGGCUGCAACCAUACGUUACUGCCGUUAAGAAUGCUUAUACCUCUGUCAAGGUCGGAGCUGUAACAGUCUAUACUGCUGGACACGAUACAUAUGAGUUCCUGAGAGAUCCUUCUCCUGGUUUUAUGCCGAGGGUCGGUGUAAUCACAGUCUCUGGGUUAGCGGGUCUGAUCCUGGCAAGGAAAGGGUCACGUCUGAUGAGGCUGGGGGUUCCUCUGGGUAUGGCCACUGUAGGCACUUCCGUGUGCUACCCCACUCAGACAGUGGGUGUUGUAAAGAUCACGGGGCAGAAGAUGUAUGCAGCAAGCCAGUACACUACAUCAUCUAUGGCAUCCAUAUUUAAAUCAAAGCCCAAAGAAAUAACCCCCCCAACUGUCAGUCUUGAGCAAGCCCCCCAAGCUACCAUCCCUGAGCCAGAAGUAUCAGAGGCAAAGCCCCUCCCUGAAUCUGAAUCAUCUGAACCAGCCAAGCCUGCUGUUGACAAGGCUUCCCCCACUGAACCUAGUUCUGCCUCAGGCCCCGUAGAGGGUGCUCCAUCUGUCGUUGAACCUGCCCCUCAGUCCACCACAGAGGUGGCCCCUGCAGAGGGUUCUAUUGACACUGAGCCUGCUGCAGCUGAACCUGAGGCAGUCACAGUGGUGGAGCAAGAGGCUGUUCAGACGGCCCUUGUGCCUGCCCCUGCAACUCCUGUUGAGGAAGCUGCUGAAGAGAUUCCUGCACCUGCCCCUGUUGAGGCUGUCCCUGUACCUCCCCCAGCAGCGGAAGUAAUUCCUCUCCCACCUCCUGCUGAAGAGACAGAGCUUCCACCCCUUGCAUCUGUUGAGGAGGAAGCUGCUCCUUCACCCCCUGCACCUGUUGAGGAUGCUGCUCCUUCACCCCCUGCACCUGUUGAGGAGGAUGCUGCUCCUUCACCCCCUGCACCUGUUGAGGAGGAUGCUGCUCCUUCACCCCCUGCACCUGUUGAGGAGGAUGCUGCUCCUUCACCCCCGGCAGCUGUUGAGGAGGAAGCUGCUCCUUCACCCCCUGCAGCAGAAGAGUCUGCCCCUGCACCUAUAGAGGGGGUUGCUGACCCACCUCCUGUAGCUGAAGAGACUGCACCUGCUCCUGUUGACGAGGCUACUCCUCCAGCUACAACAGAGGAGCCAUCUGGGAUUGUAACAAAAACUGCUGGGAAACCCAAAUUUGCACCAGACCCGAAGUUAAUUGACCUUGGCCAGGCCAGCCCUGAGGAUGCGGACCUGUACAGCACGCGUGGAUGAAGAAUGACAGGAGGAGAAGGUGGGGGAUAUGUGGGAGGGAGGGGAAGGUUAAGGGUAAUCUCCAGAAAUUAAAAAAUAAUAAAGCAACACUUUUUUUAGGUGCCUAUUUCUCUCUUUACCUCAGUGAUAGGGAACAGUUAGUCCUAUACAGGCUGUGUCCCGAUUAUCCACCCUUCUCCCCAAGUGUGCAAUUGCGUACUACCGGUCAUGGAUUUAACAAUUUGUAUCCAUGUCAGGGAGGAAGAUUGGGAAUCAGGUUGCAGCCAUAGUGUGUUGGAAUUUUGACCUCUGGAGUCAUCCGUUUCUUUGCAUGGCCUGCAGUUUACAUGUAGACACCCACAGGGAACAGGGUGCAGGUCAUCAUCUGCAUCCACAGGCACAAACGGACAUCUUUACACCCUACUUCCAGAGCCACUACACAAGGUUUACUUACCAAUACUUACUCAGUGGUCAGUUCAUUAGGUACACUCUAGUACUGGGUCGGACCACCCUUUGUCUCCAGAACAGCCUGAAUUGUUUGGGGUGUGGACACGUUGCUCAGUUGGUAUCAAGGGACCUAACGUGUGCCAGGAAAACAUUCCCCACUCCAUUACACCACCGCCGACACCAGGCAGGUUGGGGCCAUAGACUCAUGCUGUUUGCGCCAAAUCCGGACUCUGCCAUCAGCAUGACGUGACAGGAACCGGGAUUCGCAGGACCAGGCAAUGUUUUUCCGCUCUUCAAUUGUCCAAUGUUGGUGAUCGCGUGCUCACUGGAGCCGCUUCUUAUUAGCUGAGAUGGGUAGAACCCGGUGUGGUCGUCUGCUGCAAUAGCCCAUCUGUGACCAGGACUGACGAGUUGUGCGUUCCGAGAUGCAGUUCUGCACACCACUGUUGUACGUUGUCGUUAUUUGCCUGUUUGUGGCCCGCCUGGUAGCUUGCACGAUUCAUGCCAUUCUCCUUCAACCUCUAAUCAACGAGCUGUUUUCAUCCACAGGACUGAUGUGGGUGAUGUUUUUUGUUUGUCGCAACAUUCUCGGUAAACCUUAGACACUGUAAUUUGUGAAAAGCCCAGGAGAUCGGCUGUUUCUGAGAUAUUGGAAUCAUACCAUGCUCAAAGUCGCUUAGGUAACUCGUUUUGCCCAUUCUAACGUUCAAUCGAACAGUAACUGAGCGCUUCACUGCCUGUUUUAUAUAGCGAGCCAUGGCCACGUGACUCAGUCUUGUCUGUAAGAGCGGACCAUUUUCGUGAACUGGAUGGUAUACCUAAUAAACUGGUCACAGAAUGUAGAUUUAUUUGUGGAGCUCGUUAACACUGUUAUACUGUGAAAGAAGUUACUCAAACAAAUUCCGUUACUAACCAAACUGGACCAUUUAUACAAUAAGAAUUCAUAAUAGGCAUUUUUUUUUUUUUACUAGGGACUUGUCAUUUACUUAGGUCACUGCUACGCUGUCGUUUUUUUUGUCUUGCGAAUUUACCUUCUCCUAUUAUUCAGGUCAGUCUAUGCAAAUAUUUUCCAUGUGGCAUUUUGUCAAGUGAGCUGUUCUAAAACGCAUUCAUGUUUUUAUAGCAUUUGUAAGACCUUGUAGAACUGGAGUUGAACCUUUUUCAUUUCUAAAAACCCAACGUAUAUGGAUGUGUGCAGUUCAUGCGCAAGAUGGACACUUCCCAACAUGCCCACAUACUAGAGGCACCUGGAGGACAUGUUAUGGACUGACUGGUUUGAUACACUACAAGGCCAAAAGUGGAUUUGGCUAUUUCAGCCACACCGGUUGUUGACAGGUGUAUAAAAUUGAGCACACAGCCGUGCAAUCUCCAUAGCCAAACAUUGGCAGUAGAAUGGCCUUACUUAAGAGCUCAGUGACUUUCAAAAUAGCACCCUCAUAGGAUGCCACCUUUCCAACAAGUCAGUUCGUCAAAUCUCGGCCAUGCUAGAGCUGCCCCGGUCAACUGUAAGUGCUGUUAUUGUGAAGUGGAAAUGUCUAGGAGCAACAACGUCUCAGCCGCCAAGUGCUAGGCCACACAAGCUCAGAGAACGGGACCGCCGAGUGCUGAAGCGUGUAGCCCGUAAUAAUCACCUGUCUACCGAGUUUCAAACUGCCUCUGGAAGUAACAUCAGCACAAUAACUGUUAGUUGGGAGCUUAAUGAAAUGGGUUUCCAUGGCUGAGCAGCUGUAUACAUGCGCAAUGCCAGCGUCGGCUAGAGUGGUGUAUAGCUUGCCUCCAUUGAACUCUGGAGCAGGACCACCACUUGGCGGCUGAGACGUUGUUGCUCCUAGACAUUUCCACUUCACAAUAACAGCACUUACAGUUGACCGGGGCAGCUCUAGCAUGGCAGAGAUUUGAUGCUCUCAGGAGUGAUUAAUCACACUUCACCAUCUGGCAGUCCCACGGACAUAUUUGGAUUUGGCGAAUGCCAGGAGAACGCUACCUGCCCCGAUGCAUAGUGCCAACUGUAAAGUUUGGUGGAGGAGGAAUAAUGGUCUAGGGAUGUUUUUUAUGGUUCGGGCUAGGCCCCUUAGUUCCAGUGAAAAAUCUUAAUGCUCCAACAUACAAUGACAUUCUAGACAAUUCUGUGCCUCCAAAUUUGUGGCAACAGUUUGGGGAAGGCCCUUUCCUGUUUCAGCAUGACAAUUCCCCCGUGCACAAAGCGAGAUCCAUACAGAAAUAGUUUGUUGAGAUCAGUGUGGAAGAACUUGACUGGCCUGCACAGAGCCCUGACUUCAACCACGUCGAACACCUUUGGGAUGAAUUAAAAUGCAGACUGUGAGCCAGGCCUAAUUGCCCAACAUCUUGUGGCUGAAUGGAAGCAAGUCCCUGCAUCAAUUUUCCAACAUUAGUGGAAAGCCUUCCCAGAAGAGUGUAGGCUGUUUUGGCUGCAAAGGGGACCAACUCCAUAUGAAUGAUUUUGGAAUGAGAUGUUCGACAAGCAGGUGUCCUCAUACUUUUGGUCAUGUAGUCUGUGUGUUGGAAUCAUUUGAAUGAUGUCCUAGUACUUGAUGUCAGUUUGAAAAUACAUGUUUUUUUUUUAAUAGAACUAUCAAUGUAAUUUCAUAUUUUUGUGGGUAUUUUACAGAUAGGAGAACAUAUUUUACAAUUUAACAUGUUUUAACACUUCCCUGAAUUCAGCUGUUGGAUAUCAAUCUUCACCAUGAUAAAGUUUUAUUUUGUUCAUUAGAAUAACCAAAUAUGGAAUAAAGGCAUUUUUCUCGA